ACACUACACCACCCCUGAUUCAAUAUUUCCCCAUUUUACAAACCAAAUAUGGAACCUUUUCAGAACGGCAACUCCACCGUCACCACCGCCACAACGCCGUCGGUCACCACCACAUCCCUCCCAUCACAUCACGACGGAGUCCGUACAUCCAAACUCACACAACUAACCGAGUCCUUAAAAUUAGAACAUCAGUUCGUAAGAGUCCCAUUCGAACACUACAAGAAGACGAUCCGUGCAAACCACCGUGCCGUUGAAAAAGAGAUCUCCGCCGUCGUCUCCGCUCUACCGGAUACCAAUCAUCUCUCUCAAGACGAAGCCGUUCUGCAUCUCAAUUCGCUUGUCUCCCGAUUACAAGGCCUCAAACGGAAGUUGGAAGAUGGGAGUAAGGUUGAGCAUCUACAAGAGCAACGGUGUCGGGCCAGACUUGAUCAUUUGGAAUCUGCUGACGGUGACGAUAUAUCAGAGUGGAAUAACAUGCGAUUGAAGCGAAUACUGGUGGACUAUAUGUUGAGAAUGUCAUAUUAUGAUACUGCCACAAAGCUUGCUGAAAGCAGCAACAUACAGGAUCUUGUUGAUAUUGAUAUUUUUUAUGAAGCCAAAAAGGUUAUCGAUGCUCUUCAGAAUAAGGAGGUCGCUCCUGCUCUAGCCUGGUGUGCUGACAACAAGUCUAGGUUAAAGAAAUCCAAGAGCAAAUUUGAGUUUCAGUUACGACUCCAGGAGUUCGUUGAAUUAGUACGCAGUGAAAAUAAUGUUCGGGCAGUUAUGUAUGCCCGAAAAUACCUUGCACCAUGGGCAUCUACAUAUAUGAACGAAUUUCAGAAAGUUAUUGCCACACUGGCUUUUACAAGAAAUACCGGAUGUGAGAUAUACAAGGUUUUAUUUGAACCGAAGCAAUGGGAUUUCUUAAUGGAUCAAUUCAAACAGGAGUUUUGUCGGUUAUACGGCAUGACUCUGGAGCCAUUGUUGAAUAUUUAUCUUCAAGCAGGCUUAUCUGCUCUGAAAACCCCAUUCUGUUAUGAGGAUGACUGUACAAAAGAAGAUCCUUUGUCUCAAGAGAGCUUUCGGAAGCUUGCAAUGCCGUUGCCCUUCUCAAAGCAGCACCAUUCGAAACUUGUUUGCUAUAUAACAAAAGAGUUGAUGGAUACGGAGAAUCCACCACUUGUCUUACCGAAUGGCUAUGUUUACAGCACUAAGGCUCUUGAAGAUAUGGCAACUAAAUAUAAUGGAAAAAUCACAUGCCCAAGAACAGGCUUGGUUUGCAACUUUACUGAAGUCACCAUUGCAUACAUCUCGUAGUAAAGUCACUCAUCUGAGUGGAGGCCUGUUACAACCUUCAUCAUCGUCUUCGUCAUCUUCAUCACAUAUGUAUGUAUAUAUAUGUGCGCGCGUGUGUAUAUACGCUAAGUACCUUCUUCCUUCAUAAUUGUUUUAUUUGUAACUAAACCAACCAUUGAUGAUGGAAACCAUUUGUUUGAAUGUAAAGUUUGUGCUUCAUGUCGA